AUGGCUGCCACUUUGUCUCCCAUCAUCGGUGUCCUCCUGAUCCUGCUGCCACUAGCGUCAUCCUCCUCCUACAUCAAGUUGCCGCUCGGAGGCAAGGUCCACCCUGAAGGUCACUUCUAUGUUACGAUGAACGUUGGUGUACCCGCCAAGCCAUACUUCUUGGGCAUCGACACUGGCAGCAACCUCACCUGGCUGGAGUGCCAGCAUCGCAUCUGCAAGAACUGCAAGGGCCGACACCAACCGUACCAUCCAAAAAAGCCUCACAACUUUGUGAAACGUGGAGAUCCGUUAUGUUGUCAACUGCUCAAAGACCUGCCUGGUCAUAACAAGCGUCCGUGUGCCAGGAAGGGUUCAGGCGAAUGCCGCUACAAAAUCCAAUACUUCGACGGGAAGUCAUCAGAAGGUGUUGUCGCCAGGGACAUGGUCACUGUCCACACGGCUUCUCUCCAUCAAGACACGUUGAGAGAACAGAUUGACUUUGGAUGUGGAUACAACCAGCAACCAUGGAAGUCAUCCGUCAUAGAUGGCAUCCUCGGUCUUGGGAUGGGAAGGGUAGGUUUUGUUGCACAACUAAAGGCACACAAGAUGAUCACCAAGGACAUCAUUGGGCAUUGCCUCAGCAUCGAUGGAGGGGGCUACCUCUUUGUUGGGGACUAUAACUUGCCCACCAGCAUAACCUGGGCUCCCAUGAGAAAACACCAGCAUCAUUACUACACACCUGGCCCAGGAAAACUCUCCAUUGAGGGAAAGCACAUAGGCACGGAUAAAUUGGAGGUGGUCUUUGACAGUGGUGCAACAUACACUUAUUUACCUGACCAGACGUACAAUCGCCUUCUUGCAGAAGUGAAAACUACUGUCAGCAAGUCACUUUCGAAGGUGCAAGAUGCUCUGCUUCCUGUAUGCUGGAAAGGGAGUAAGCCAAUCAGAUCAAUAAAAGAAAUCAAGGGGAAAUUCAAGCCACUCUCGUUGGAAUUUGACAACAAGGCAGUCAUGCAUAUCCCUCCUGAAAACUACCUCGUCCACACGUCACACGGGAAUGUAUGCUUGGGCAUCCUUAAUGGAUCAAGGUUUCCUGAAGGCCAAAUGAUGCGAAUUGGAGAUGUCUCAAUGCAAGAUUUACUGGUGAUAUAUGACAAGGUGGACAGGCGUAUCGGAUGGGUCAGUAAAAGUUGUCCUACUCCAAAAAUACCAUCAACCCACGUUCUCUGA